AUGAAUGAAGGAGAAAAUGUCUCUGAUUAUUAUUCUCGAUUACUUGUAAUCGUGAAUGAAAUGAAGAGAAAUGGCAAAAAACUUGAAGAUGUUCUUGUCAUGGAAAAGAUACUUCGAUCCUUCACACCCAAAUUUGAACACGUGGUGACAGCAAUUGAAGAAUCAAAAGGCUUGGAGACUAUAAGUGCAGAGGAGCUGCUGGGAUCUCUCCAAGUUCAUGAACAACACAUUCUGAAGAAUGCAAGCGCCACAUCUCUUGAGCAAGCUUUAGAGUCAAAAUUAAAUUUUGACAAACCAAAGGGAGGUCGUGGUCAAUGGAAUUCACGACAUGGUGGUGUUAACUACCGUGGUCGAGGUCGAGGACGAGGAUGCAGUAAUACAAAUGACCGUGGUCCAUCUCAAGAAAGGAGAAAUUUCCCUAACCGACGAAAGCAAAAUGUCCAAUGUUACAACUGCGAAAAAUAUGAACACUAUGCCUCAGAAUGUUCGUACAAGAAUGAUGAUCAUGUCAACCUUGUUGAAGCAUCAAGCAGUGAGAGUAAGAAUUCUACUCUCUUAUUGGCACACAAUGAUUCCAUUGGUCAACAUGAUGUUUGGUACCUUGACUCUGGUGCAAGCAAUCGUAUGUGUGGAAGAAAAGAAACUUUUGUUGAACUCAAAGAAGGAGUUUGCGGAAAUAUGAACCUUGGAGAUUCCUCAAAACUUGCAGUUGAAGGAAGAGGACAAGUUCGGAUCUUCUAG